AUGGACAGCAGAGAUGAGUAUCUAUUUCAUUUUAAAGGCUAUAAUCUUGAAAGUUCUUUAAUUGAUAUUGACCUACUAGAAAAUCUAGAUGAUUUUGAGAUCAGAGAUGACGAUGUCUUCAUAGUUACAUAUCCAAAAUCUGGUACCAUCUGGACUCAGCAGAUAUUAAGCUUGAUUUAUUUUGAGAAACACCGUAAAAGAAUUGAAAACGUGGAAACACUAGAUAGAGCACCAUUUCUUGAAUACAAUAUACGGAAAGUUGACUUGCCCAAUAUGCCUUCCCCUCGGCUCUUUUGUUCCCAUCUGCCUUAUUACUUAGUGCCAAAAGGUCUCAAGAACAAAAAAGCCAAAAUUAUUUAUGUCUACAGAAAUCCCAAAGAUGUUUUGAUCUCAUCUUAUUAUUUUUCACAAUUGAUGAUUAGACUUGAAGGACCUCAAAGCUUGGAAAGUUUUAUGGAAAGAUUUUUUGAUGGAAAAGGUAACCAUGUGCUUAGUAAGCCACAUGUUUAUGAGACAAUAUAUUCAUUUAAUCAAUUUUCAAACAGAAAAGAGGAUGUAGGACAAGGAAGGUUAGAUCUCAGAAGUUCUGUGCAUAAAAUCAGUAGAUUUGUUGAGAAAGAGCUGAGUGAAGAUGACAUAAAUGCUGUUGUGAGCCAGGCUACUUUUCAGAAUAUGAAGUCUGAUCCACGAGCAAAUUAUAAUAAUAUACUAAAAAAUGAAAUUGGAGUAAGGACAGAUGAAGGACAUUUCCUGCGCAAAGGUACCAUUGGAGACUGGAAAAAUCACUUGACUGUAGAACAAAAUGAAAGAUUUGACAGAAUAUUCCAAAGGAAGAUGAAAGAUUUCACCUUGAAGUUUAUCUGGGAUCUAAAUGAAGACUAGAAUCAAUAUCAAA